AUGGACGCUCCUCACGCACAGCCGUCGUACCUCUCCAUCGACAUCCCCGACUACUCCAUUCCAUACGCAUACGAAGACAACAUGUUCUUCGAGUCGCCCAUGUCCGCACCCGAGAUGCACACCUACCCCGAGGCGUCCAUCCACAGAGUGCUCACCGCGCUCACCGUCGCGACGCGCUCCUACACCCUCGAGGGCGCGAUCACGCCCAUCUCGAAUCCCGCCCCGACACGCGCGCCCUCGCCCCCGCCCGUCGUCGACUACCCGUUCCUGCAGUUCCCUACGCUCCUCGCGGGCGUCCCUGUCCCAUCGGCCUCUGCGUCGACGUCCGCGAUCCCCCCGCCCGCGCCGACGAUGACGAUCGCGGCGGGCCAGGCGAUGUUCAAGCUGAAUACGGCGCUCGGCGAGGGCGGGGGCGAGGGCAAGGAGCCCGAGAAGAAGCCGAUUAUGGCGUGCCUCUUCUGCAGAGAUCGCGUGCGGGCCCCAGCGCUGCAACGGGAUGCGUGUGCGCGCAACAGCCAGUGCAUGCGCCGUGGGCUCGUCUGCGAGUACCCGAAGGAGUCACGCCGGGGCCAGCACAAGCGCGGGGCGCGUGCCGCGCGCGUCGAGGCGCUCGCGUCCGCGAACAAGGUCGCGGCGCACGCGGCGAAGGGCAAGGAGCGCUCGCAGUCGCACUCGCUCGCGACGGCCGUCGCCGGGCCCUCCGCGGUGGACAUGGCUGCGACGCUGCGCGUCGCGCAGAAGCGGGAGCAGCAGAAGAGGCGCGCUGCGGACGGCGCGGUGCCGAGCGAAAACGUAUCUGGGCAGCGGGUGCCCGGCACCGGCAACGAAAGCGACCCCACGCGGGUCGAAUAUGCCAUGAUCGAGGAUGCAGCACAGGACGAUUAUCAGGGUGAUGACGAAGAGCAUAUAACCAAGAGCGAGUGGCGCAAAACACAGAAGGCGGAACCAUGCUCGGUGCUUGUCGGCUCCAUGGCGGUUACCCGACAGGACAACCUUGACCAGAAGGUAGCAAUAUUCCUGAACGGAACCCUCUCCCAUGAGCCAGGGUUCCUAGAAAUCGCCGGGGAUGAUGCGUACGAGAUGUGGACUCAGGGCGCGCAGACCGAACUUCUCGUGCUGGGCGACAGCAUUCAGCGCGCGUUCCUCGCUUGCAAAAUAGCCAAGACAUACAAAGCCGAAGGGGCGCCAAAGGACGACUCUAAUCCGAACCAGCCCCAGCUACCUGCGAUUGUAGCUGAGGAGCUCAUGUGGCAGAGUAUCGCCACCGUACUGCGCCCCUCUGGCCCGUUAGUCCUGGGAGGCGCCUUGGACGCCUACGUUUGCCCUCCCGAAGUAGCCGCAUAUAUGCGCACCGAGCGAGAAGAGCGCUUCAAUCGGCUCCGUCAGCUGAAAAGCAAUGCUAGGCCCGAAGUAGAAUUAGUGCAGGAUUCCGAGGAAGAAAUGGUGGAGGAUUCCGAGGAAGAGAGUGAAAUAUGCGACAUUGAGGUGUUCCAGCUUCUGUGGGCAUAUCAGCAAAUGUACGUCCGCGACACGCCGAUGGCCACUUGCCAGGACUGA